CCGUCCGUCGGCUCGGAACACGCGGACGCGGACGUUGGCUGGCGACCUUCGGACGGGGAGGCUCUCUGUCGAGUUGGCGUGCGUCGGUGGCCCGGGAGGCCCGCCACCUUCGAACGCUGCAGUGGCAGUUCGCAUACCAAGCCACGCCGACAACUUUAGAUUUCGCUGUCUUCCCGACUCUACCCGAGGCGCUGCUUUCUCGUGGACGACUUUUCACCCCAGUGCGCGCGACGUUCGCGAUUCUUUCAAAUUGUGUGUGUCGUGUUGUUUGUUACCCUGUCAAAGUGUUGGUCCGAUGACGUCCCCUCCUGCCCUAUUCACGCAGUGAACGGUUUCCACGCUCCCCUUGCUCCAGCAUUUCAUCGAACGCCUUCUUUCCCCUUUUGGAUUUCGCUGCUGCAUCACCUGGACCUUGCUUCAAAAGUGCGUGCCAGAGCCGGUCUCUGUUAGUGCAAGUUUCCCAUUGUCAGAACCGCUGAAAGUCGGCUUGCUUCGACUGGAACAGAAGAGGAACGAAGCAUCACAAGAGCCAAACACUGUCGGGGAUGAUGCCUCGAAAGAAGAGGGGUCAUCGAAUGCGCUCGGACAGCUAGGCUUGCUUGCAGAGAGCCACUUGUUCCGGAGUCGUUGAUUAUCGGUCUGAUCUACUGGAACCAGCUGUCGGCCCUCCAGAGUCGAGUCACUCUCGCCUCGUUCUUCAGCUGGAGGAGUCGUCGUCUCUUCUGCGUCGUUCGUCUGAUGGGCAGUUUCCUCGUCUGUCCUGCGUAACAGAUUAAUGAGGCGGCUGCACUACCUUGCUGAUUUUAGAGACUUCGCUUACAACUAAAGAUGAAGCCAAGAUGACCUUGGAGACGACGUGUGCCUGCAUUGCUGGCGAGAAAGUACUGCUUAGGCGAUAGCAGACAAAGCGUGUCCACCCCUCCGGCCAUGCCAGGGUGCCUGGGUGUCGCGAAGACGCGGCUUCGGUUGCUGCGUCUGCUAUUCCUGGCUUCUUGGACGUGUAUGGCAGCGCAUGCCAUGUGUCCGUCGCGGUGUGUCUGCGAUGACGAGAACCUGCGAGUAGUGUGUGACUCGGCUUACCUGGAAGUGGUGCCUAUCACGCUCAACCCGAACUUGCGUGAGCUGAGCCUCCUGAAUAACCACAUCAAGAGUGGCGUAUCUUCGUUCAGCGUGUACGGAAACCUGCGCUACCUGGAUGUCUCUCACAACCAGCUUGUGUCGCUGGGCAAAGAGAACUUCCAUUCGCACAAGUACCUUGUCGUGCUCGUUCUAGCGAGGAACAUGAUCUCGCAGCUCGACAACACAACAUUCAAAGGGCUUGAUGAACUACAGACGCUGCUACUGAACGAAAACUACAUUGACAGCAUACCGGCUGGUGUAUUUGCGCCACUGAAGAAGCUGGAGAAGCUGGAUCUGUCGCAGAACCGCCUAGUCAGGGUCACCGAGCAGGCGUUCCAGGGACUGACCAAGCUGAAGACCCUACUGCUACGAGACAAUAAGUUUGUGACGAUACCGAGCCAGGCGUUUGCGCCGCUGUCGUUUUUGUUAAACCUGGAUCUCGGUCUUAACAUGUUCUCCAAUAUUCCUGAGGAAGCCUUCGUGGCACUGAAGCAGCUCGAAGAACUGUCCUUAGAUGGUUGCGGUGUAAAGACGGUGCAGAACGGCGCGUUUCGACAGCUCUCAGCAUUGCGCCAGCUGAAGCUGCACGACAACGAGCUCGAAGAAGUGCCCACUGCAACAUUCCAGGAUAUAACACGGCUGGAAGUUCUCAACUUGGGACAGAACAAGUUCCCGAGGCUUCGACCGCGGGCCUUCGAGUACCUCAAGUACUUGAGAACUCUGGAAGUGAGCGGCUCUGCCGCGCUCCGUUGCAUCGACCGAGGUGCUUUCGCCGAGAACACGGACCUUCAAAUUAUCCGCAUGACACACAACAUAAACUUCCGGUGCAUAGAGCCCGGAGCGUUCAGUGGCCUGGCUGGUCUGAAGCAUUUGAUUCUUCGAGGCAACGGCUUUACGACUUUCGAUGAGUCUCUUCUCGAGUGGUACGAGCUGCAGGAGCUCGACCUCAGGGACAAUCCUCUGGUCUGCAAUUGCACCGUACUAUGGCUGUGGCACAUGUGCAGUGACCGCAACACCACGAAUUCGCCGCUGACUCCUGAAACCGCUUUGAUACGCUGCGGUGGUGGGCCACCAGCGGUCAAGGACAAGUUACUGAGAGACAUCGGGUCGGCGGACUUGGGCUGCUACGAUGCCGUGCUUCGGCGGCAGAUCAUCAUCGGUGUCGUGGCAGCGGCUGCGAUACUGUUCGCACUCAUCGUGGCCCUCGGUUUCCGAUUUAGGGAACGAGUCGCCGGCGUCCUCAAGAACAAGUGGGGAAACGGAACCAAGGAGCCGCAGUACCACAAGACACACGGCGAAGACGACAACAGCAUGUGCCAAGUGGCUCACCAGCCCUUGAAGUUGAUUCCCGUGACCGAACUGUGAUAAACGCCUUGGCGCUGUGGUAAAACGGCGUAGCGAGAGGAUUUCUGAAGCCCAGAAAAUGUCUUACGAAAUUGAAAGAAGUAAAUCCGGACUCUUUUCGACCAACGUGGCCUUGAUGCGGACUUGCGGUCAUGGGGAAUUAUUUCCUCUUAGUGAAAAGAUGUGUUAUUUGUGAGUUCACAGUUGGGCAUCUACGCCGCGCCGGCCCCAGAGUCUAAAUCUAAAGCAUGGAUCUCGGCGUUCUUGCUGUGUUAUAUUAUAAGUUUCAGCAGCACAUCACUCUGGCUUCUCGUCUCCUCGCUCCACAACGAGGCCAUUGUCUGUUUGUGCACAUCUCCUGUCAAAAAACAACAAUUGCUGCCACAGCGUCGUCUUAAAUAAACAGCGCCGCGGACACAUGAAAAAAUAUCUUCGAAGAGAAACCGAGAGAGGAAAAAUGGAGGAAAGACUGUUUGAAGAAGCUGGCGAAACGUGUGUGAUUUUCCAAGCAAAAUGAUCGCCCCAGCGAGUGCAAAGUGUUCGUUUCAGAUGUUUGUAUGACUGAGCCCAACCGUGCUUUUUACAAAAAACUUGAAAUGGAGCAGUGUGGCCGUAUAUAGGACUUCUUCCCAGUAGUAGGACACUGUGCUGGAAGUGACGUUUCGGAACACAUAUUUAUCCCAGCACGUCCGCAUUUCCUUAUAGUAAGCUCACAAGGUGUAGCAUUUCCUUUACUUUCCAGUGGACGAACGCCAGCUAUUUAGUCGUAGUGUGUACGGACGUUUCUACGAGGACGCGUCGCCGAGCAGCUAACGAUGCGGAUGAACCAUAACUUUUUAAUAUUUCUGGACUGGAAAGCACUCUCGCGUCCUUCCUUUGUACAUAGCACGGAGCCCAAGUAAUGUGGUGUGGCUGUUCGAUCGUUAUUUCUCUUUGUGUGUUGGUGGCAAUGAUGAUUUCUCUCUCUCUCUUCUCAUUUCUUUAUUUCUUCAUUUCCUGACCGGUCACCACACGCCCCCGAGCAGCGGAUGGCACCUUCUGUGCAGACGUGUACCUGUGUUUGUGCUCGACCACCGCUUUUCCUGGAAAGUGUUUCAUCGUAUCCGCCUAUGAUCGCUUCAGCUUCUGCUAGCAGAGACUGCUUUUGUGGUACCCGAUAUCAAAAUGCAUGAAAAUUAAACAAAACAGGCGAAAUUUCAUUGAAAGACCGUGUGCCUGGAAUGUAGCAUACCCCGUCAAUGCGGGUGCUCCUUGUGACUUUCUUUGAAAGCGACGAUGCGUUGGAUAGAGCCACGUGGCUAAGUCUUAUCGUCGUGUCACGUUAAGGAAUCUAAAGGUGUGAUUACGCCACCAGUUAGGAACAACUCUGCUGGAAGAAGUGAUAAUCGCCAGGGUGGUCCAAGAGAAGUGGAGAGCUGUUCUUUCCACUUCUUCCUUUCAUGCCUGUGUAAAAGAAAAAAAAUAUUGCUUGCACCGAAAAGUUAUUAUGUUAGAGU